AUGCGCACCGACGCGGAUUGGGAAUUGGUGUUUCACUGGAAGCGCGUGAAUGGGCUGUUGGGCACCAGUGAGGCGCUGAUUGAGUGGGAUUCUGCUGGCCUCGGGGGCGCAGAGGCGGGGACGUAUAGGUUGAGGUAUUAUGGGGAUUCCAGGGCGGUCGGGGGCAAGGUUAGUGCGUUUCAGGGGGCGAGUGCGCCGUUUCGGUUGUUGUGA